UAAUACUCGACAGGCUGAAAUGAUAUGAGUUUAAAUAUCGAAUUCUCCUUUCAGCAUGGCUGCUGUCUUUUUGAAAACACAGAGCUCUGUCCCCGUUGAUCCAGGUCCAUUCACUGGUAGGUAAGUGAAUGUGCAGAAUUCCCUCUUUAUCAAAUGUAUUUAGUAGCUACAUAUUAAUACCUAUACAUAAAAUACUGUCUUUCUGAUCUUUCAUACUUACUCUUUUUAUGUAUGAGGGCUGUUCCAAAAGCAAUGGCUCUUACUGUAUUGUGGCAACCCAUGAUGUUGUCAGAGGCGGAUUUUGGCAGCAGAGGUUGAACCUUCCCACCAAUACUCUGUUACACUUGUUGCCAUGUGACGGAAGGUAGCAGCAAAGCGGACUGACCAAAUGGUGUCUGACAUGGAAGAACGUAUGAAGCAGAGGUGUGUCACUGAACUCCUCUGUGCAGAAGGUAUGGCACCCAUUGACACUCAUCAGCACUUGCUGAAUGUGACCAAACCGUGGCUGAAAGCACAGUGAGAUGCUGGAUGGUGCAUUUCAGCAGUGGGGCAUCAGUGACAGUGGGUCAGCUCCACCAGUGCAGAUUUUUAUGAGUGCAGUGUGCAGGUUCUUGUUCAUUGCUGGCAAAAAUGCAUAGCUACUGGUAGUGACAACGCUGAAAAAUAGUACUUUGUAGCUGAGAAUUUGCUCUAUCAAAUGGUGUUACUGUGCUUUUUGCAUCUGCAGUGGUUGUGGAAACAAAUAGGAGGCAUUACUGUCAGAGCAACCUAUCUAUUUAAGUUUCAACAUCACGCUCUUCUCCACGACAGCUUCAGCAGCAAUGAGGGCCUGGAAGGAGGAGACAGGCGUCUUUCUGCUUCUCUUUACAGUGUAAUAAAGGUGACUGUGUCCUUCUGUUCAACAGAGAAGCAACCAGGAUCAAUCUUUUUAAUGAAUCCGCGACGAAGGAUAAACUGAAAAGGAUGCUCUCAGCAUGAUUUGUGAGAAGAGCUACAAAACUGUCUGGAAAAUUUCUCCUCCACAGAAGGACGGAAGAAGCUUGGUCUCCUUAGCUUAUUACAGUGGAGUCUGAGCAUGGAUUAGAUCAUAGAGCUUUGUGGGAACAAGCUAAAAAUAAACGACAGUAUUAUCAUGAAGAGUGAUUUACAAAUAUUUACUGACCCGGCCAGUGAAAUAUGGAAAACGCCUGUGAAGAAUCAGCAAGUUUCACUGCUGUGAUGGGAAAACUUUAGCACAAGUUUCCUUAAAGCCACAUCACUAAGCACAGAGCGACACAAAUGUGUGGAUCAUGGCAAGGAGACACAGAAGCUGAUGUGUCAGUGAGCUCACGGGGUGCCCUCCCAUGGCUGGUGCACCCAGCAUGGAUGAUGCUGGAGUAGGAGAAAGGGACGUAGCACAGGCAGAUAUGUUCCCCUUUUCUUUUUCCCCAGGUGGGAGCACAUCUGAGUUCACUGGGGACAUGGAACAGCCUAAAAUAGAGUGUAAAACCUGAACACCAUAACACCACUGAGACACCACAGCACUACUUGUAAAUGCAAGGAGAAGCAUAUAAUUAGCAUAGCAAAAAGAGGUGACCUAAAGCUAAGCAAGGUAUUUGUCAAAAUAGUGAAAAUCAUAUUGAGUUUGAUUUGUGCAGCACAGGAGCAAAGUGGCAUAUGUUUAAAAGAAGAAAUCAUCGUAUGAGAAGUUGCAUUUUGGGAAGAGACCCCAGGAAGGGAACUAUCUGUUAAUAGUGAGUCUGGAUGAACCAUGUCUAUAUGCAAGUGAUGCUGCAAAAAAUUCAGACAGCAGGCAUUUGUUUUCUCUGUUUCCUCAGCCAGAACAUCAUUGUGUUGUGGUUUUUUGUUGUUGUUUGUUUGUUUGUUUUUGGUUUUUUUUUUUUUUUUUUUCCCUUAGCUCUGCAAUUCAAGUUAUUAAUUAACUAGUAUUGCCAAGGGAGUUUUUGCUGUAGGUCAUCAAUUUACAAAUAACUUUUCUAAUUUAAAACCUGAUCUGGAGACCUAUUGCUGCCAAAAUACAGCACAUUAAAUUCCAGUUAAGUACUUAAUUAAUAUAGAUAAGUGUAAAAUACAAAUUGCCCUGAUGAUGCAGGUACAGAACCUCCCUAGACAAUGCAAACAUCAAGGUUCAAGCAGACGGAACAGGGAUACAGGAUUAGCCACAUCUGCAUUUCUAGUUUGAAUAGUUCAUUAACAAAGGGAUGGCAUAAUAUUUACAGUCCCUCGUUCUUGGUGCUUACUGCUAGCAUCAUAUUCAUCUAACAGUACACUAUGAUUACAUUCAUCUAACAGUACACAAUUAUUCCACUUAUAGUUGCAGUUGGAUGCUUCCCAUUGCUUUCAUUUCUCCCACAGCACUCCAACAUUUCAACAGCUUCAAGGUCUAUGUGUGCAGUUUCUGCUCUGCCUGACAAAAUUCGCGUUGGAUUAAAUGUUGUAAGAUUAUUUCAGUAUUUGGAUGCACAAUAACAGAUAAAUAAAUAAAGGUGGGGAUUGGGGAGGAGAUGGGAGUGUUCCUUGCCUUUCUCUGUAUGAUCCUCCAUGCCCGGAAUGGAGAGCAAAAAAUCUGUUACAGCCUAACACACUUCCAUACUGUAUCAAUUCCAGGUGAAACAAGACCCCUUGAGAGCUCUGCAAGGUGAGAGACAUGUUGUGCUCACCUCAUGCAUCCACUUUGCUUCCCUUGUCUCUCUGGAGAUGAAUGAGCCCAUCCUUCUCCCCAGCCAGUGCCAGCUAAAAUUUCCUUUAACUUCACUGGAGAGCUGUCUAGCAUCAUCCAGUGCCUGGAUAAUUAACUGAAAAGCCCCAUUGUUUCUUUGCUUCAAAGUGCAGGGAAUUUGGCUUGGUAGUGCUAAUGGGACUGCAUGUCAUUUGUGGAAUUUGCUUAAUCACUGCCUAUUGACUUUCUGGCUAAAUCAGAUUAUUUUAGCCAUAUUGAUUGCACAGUAAUAAAACUGCUGUGAAAACCUUCUCAUUAAAUGUUAUAAGUAUCCCUGCUAAUUCAAUGUAAAUGCCCCGCUGUUUUCAUCUGGUUCCCUAAUAAUUAAACCAGUUCUUUCAACUCAAUUGUACAACAAUGUCUGAAAGUACUGAUAAGUGACCUUUGCAAUGCAUUUGAUAUGAAGCACUGUGCCACUUGGUUUUAAAACUGGAGAACAUUCACUGUUCAUUUCUGCAUAGGCGCAUUUGUGUGUAGGUGCCUACAGACAGAACUGUGUGGUUGGUGGCAGGAGCACGUCCCAUUCACUAGUUCAGACUCUAAAGGUGAUCUGUUGCUAUAUCAUCCUCAUUUGCAGCUGUAACGCCCCAGAAUUGGAGAGUCAAAAUGCUCCAGUGUUUUCAUAAGCCACUGUGAGGAACAACUUUAAAGAAAUAUUCUGCUAAGCCUUUUGUGUAGCACAUGUAAGCUGCACCCAUGGCUACAAACCUCCCUUCCUCUGCUGACUUUUUCAGCAUCCAAUUCUGUUAAUUAUUGCUGUUCUAUUAAACUUGUCCCUGGUAUAUUACUCUGCUGACCUCUGCUUUCUAGCAUCAGGGUAAACAUGAAGAACAUCAGCUUCCAGGUGGUAACAUCUGCACAUACAAACAGCACCAGAAUACUUGCUCUGUGGAUGAGGAUGCUCAAGGUCAGUGCUUACAAACAAUCCGGAGAUGGCUUUUAUCUGACAAGGAUGCUUACCUACAGGAACAAGCUACCCUUUUGAAAGAGUUACAUCAAUAGCAUGAAAUAGCUUACCACAAAUUUACCUCCUUGCUGAACAUGCAUUCUCAGCAGGAACACACAGUCAGCUCCAUCCCACCUCAGGAAAUGAUUGAGAGCUUCCUGAGAACUUCCUAUGCUGAAAGACCAUUCUACCUUCAAUAAAGUUUUCCCACAGCAAUUCUCAGCCAGCCCCAGCAUCCAGCACCCACCUCUGCAUCUUGCUGUUGCUAUGUGAAGCACAUUCCCUGAGGACCACCAGGUGUCAAACACACUCAAGUUGUGCCUACACCAGAAACUUUGCACUGUACCUCCAGCUCCUUGCCAGAUGAAGCGAUCCCCACAACAUCAGAGCUCCUGGCCCCUCUCAUGCGUUCCCUGGGACCUGCUGUGCUUCUCCCAGUGCAGCUGCUUGCUACAUAGAUGAGAAGAUUACAUGGACUUACAUAGCUAUAACAAGGGCAACAAGCAGAACUGCCAGUUAUCUCUGGGGGAGCACUUCUCUCAUCUCCUGGGGCUGAUCCUCAAGAGCACACUUCUAAGCUUACUUCUACUGGAAUCCCCAGGGGAACCUGCAGCUUUUUGCUGAAUAACAGAAGUAUGGGCUCUGCUGGGCCAGGAGCCAUAGAACACCCUGCUCCCUCCCGCUGCAGGAACACAUGGUGGUUGUUGUACCCCCUGGAGGUGAUCAUCUUGCCUUAGUGAUCAUCUGCUCACCAUUUAUUGGGUGUUCAAUCAUUUUCUGUCACAGAUAGGCUGUUAAAAUAUUAGCACAAUUACUUUCAGCUUAGCCGUGAAUGCUGCCACUUCACAUACAGCUCUGGAGGGUCUUUGCUGGAAAACAGAGGUCUGGUCUUCCCUCUAAGUGCAUGCUUGUCUGUUGCUCCAGUGAAAGACCCCACCUCUUCCCUUGACUUCUCCCUCUCCCUUUGGUGUGACAUGAAUCAGUCCCUCAUUCUCUUGCCCUGCACACGAAGCUCCUGUACCACCACACCCAACUCAUGGUGCCUCAGCGAUAUGCAGCUCUGGUCCCCAUCACCUCUCUGGGGCCUUGGGGAAGGAAGAGGGCUCCCUGUGAGGAGUCAGAUUGAACAUCAGGAGAAUUUUCUCCCCAGGAAGAAUGGCGAUACAUCAGAGCAGGGUUUGAGGUGGGGGAGGCACCGUCCCUGGAGGCAUUCAAGAAAUAUGGAGUUACGACGCAUCGCUGAGGGACAUGGUUAGCGGGCAGUACUGGCGGUAGGCGGACGGCUGGACUAGAUGUUCUUAGAGAUCUUUCCAACCUUCACGAUCCUAAGAUUCCACGACGGGACAUCGGACAGACGCAGCCCGAGGGGGGUGCGGCCCGCGGCCACCAGGGGGCGCGGCAGUGGCGGCGCGGAGGGGCGGAGCGGGGCGCGCAGUCCCCGCGGGUCGCGGUGCGGGGCGCAGCCGGACCGGGCGGGCAGCGCAGAGGAGCGGGGCGGGCACAAAAGCGCAGCGCUGAGCGGUGCCGUCGGGGAGUUGGUGCUGGCGUUGCUGUGCGGGGCUCGCAUGAUGCUGGCGGGGCGGCGGAGUUGGACGCGGGUGCUGAGCGCGCUGCUGUGGGUGGCCCUGGCGCGCUGCUACAACGUGGAUGUGGGACGUCCCGUGGUCUUCCAGGGCCCCAACGGGUCCUUCUUCGGGUACUCGGUGCUGCAGCACUACCACGACAGCACGCGGUGGGUCUUGGUUGGAGCUCCCAAGGCUGAUUCUAGAUACAGCGCCUCUAUUCAGUCCCCUGGAGCAGUAUUUAAAUGUCGAGUCCACACCAAUCCUGACAGAAGAUGCACAGAGCUGGAUAUGGGUCGAGGUAAUUCUCGGGGCAUGCUCUGUGGAAAGACUGUAAAAGAAUACAGAGAUGAUGAAUGGAUGGGUGUGAGCCUGGCUAGGCAGCCUAAGGCUGGUGGAAGUGUGCUGGCCUGUGCGCACCGCUGGAAAAACAUCUACUACGAGACAGAAUACAUUCUGCCCCAUGGCUUCUGCAACAUCAUUCCCCCCAACCUUCAGCCCACUGGGAGGAAGCUCCUGCCCUGCUAUGAAGAGUAUAAGAAGAAGUACGGGGAGGAGCAUGGCUCAUGCCAGGCGGGGAUCGCAGGCUUCUUCACUGAGGAGCUGGUCAUCAUGGGUGCACCAGGAUCUUAUUACUGGACAGGAACAGUCAAAGUACUGAAUCUCACUGACAACACGUAUUACAAGCUGAAUGACGAUGCUGUGAUAGCCAGGCGUUACACAUACCUUGGAUAUGCGGUGACAGCAGGCCAUUUCUCUCAGCCAACUACCACGGAUGUUGUGGGAGGAGCUCCCCAGGAUGGAGGCAUCGGAAAGGUUUAUAUUUUCAGAACAGACAGACGAUCAGGCUCUUUAGUAAAAAUCUUUCAGGCUUCAGGCAAAAAGAUGGGCUCUUACUUUGGCUCCUCCUUAUGUGCAGUUGAUCUGAAUUCUGAUGGGUUGUCAGACCUGCUGGUCGGAGCACCUAUGUUUUCUGAGAUCAGAGAUGAGGGUCAAGUCACAGUCUAUAUCAACAGAGGAAACGGUGUGCUGGAUGAGCAGCUUGUCCUGGAUGGUGAUGGGGCCUACAACGCACACUUUGGGGAGAGCAUUGCCGCCCUUGGUGAUAUCGAUGAUGAUGGGUUCCCAGAUGUUGCCAUUGGGGCACCUCAGGAGGAUAACUACAUAGGAGCAGUGUAUAUUUAUCAUGGGGAUGCCAACGGGAUUGUACCUCAGUACUCAAUGAAGCUGACUGGGCAGACGAUAAACCCAAUGCUGCGGAUGUUUGGGCAGUCCAUAUCAGGGGGAGUUGAUAUGGAUGGCAAUGGUUAUCCAGAUGUGACUGUUGGAGCCUUCUUGUCAGACCAUGUUGUACUGCUAAGAUCUAGACCUGUCAUUACCAUGGACAUCUCCAUUUUCCUGCCAGCGUCCAUCAAUAUCACAGCUCCUCAAUGCCAUGACAGCUUGCAGCCUGUGAACUGCCUCAAUGUCACAGCAUGUUUUCGUUUCAGUGGCAAGCAUGUUCCUGGAGAAAUAGGUUUGAAUUAUAACCUGACUGCUGAUGUAGCAAAGAAGGAAAAGAGCCAACAACCCAGAGUUUACUUUGUGGCUUCUGGAGAGACGGUGGGACAGAUCACAGAGAAGUUAGAACUGUCGUACAUGCAGGAAAAAUGCAGGCAUUUCCUAGCAUAUGUCAAGUCGAUUAAAGUGGUGCAACAUGGCUCCAUGCGCACUUUGUUUUUCUACCAAGUGGAUGAAGUUUUUUGAGUGGGACAUUUGAACUUCUUGUUUGGCAUGGCUUGUCAGCAUGAGCAUACACUGUUGGGCUUUUGAGACCUAGUGUGAGGAAUAUGUAUUGGAUGUACUUUUCAUCUGGCACAUUUGUGGGGGAGUUAUUCUUUUGUCUUGCUUUGUUGUUACCAUCACUUUACUCAAAAUAAGGAGGCAAAGUUUUAUUUUGGCAGGGGCAGCAAAUUUGAUGUAUUAGUUUCAUAAGGUGUUUUCAUUUUUGACAUGGCACUGAUAAUGGGAUCUGCAUGGGAAUGACAGGAUAAUGUAGAAUCUGUCCUGAAGCUGUUGGACGCUCAGGUUUGAGAAGCACACUGGUUCUGAUUUGGGCUUAAAAAUACCAGUGGGAUAACUGAAUUUCAUCUGUAUCGUGAACCUAGGAAAUAUAGGAAGCAUGUUCCAGAGGUGGUAGGACAGAGAGGGUGUCUGUUCUUCAUGUGACAAAACUCUUCUGGGCCUGCUAGGACUCAUUAUCUUUGCUCAUAAGCUGCUGUUGAAGAAAUGCUGUACAAAUGCCAUUUUGUUUCCAAAGUAAACAGAAUAGUUCUUUUAGAGAACACACUCUCUCUCUCUACAUAUAUGUAUGUAUAUAAAAUGGAUUUGGAAAUUAUACAGAAAGGGGAUUUACCUUUUAAACCGCCUAAGUCACACUACCACCCUAUAGAGCAGUAUGAGGUAGUAUGAUUGUGUGGGUGAGUUGCAUAUCCUCCUUGUUGAAGGACAGAUUCCCAUAGAAAAAUAUGACCUAACCUUGGAAGAUGUCAGUUGUUAGUGCCUUAUUUUUGAGAAACCAGUGGGUCCAGACAUCACUAAGAGUAUAAACUUUUCCAGGAAACUACUGUGUACCUAAAAUAUCAUGAGAAUGGGAGAUAAGGUUCAUCCUUUGACUUUAUCAACAUUUUAUGCAUGGUUGUUGAGAGAAAAUAAAACAAAUAAAGGGAACACCAUGAAGGAAAUGAUGUCAUCUUAAGUUUAUGGAUCUCUGAAAAGGGAAUAUAUAUCUUCCGUGGGUUUUUUUUCUGUUUGCUUCUGGAGCAACCUUUGGUUUCUGCUGAGGAAAAGCUUGUGAUGGAAAAUGUAGACAUAAAAUUGCAUUUUCUAAGUUAGAGUAGCUGUGAAUUUAAUAAUUCUCAUUUUUCUCAAAUAAGCACAUCUGUUCAGGCUUCUGUGUAUUUAGUUUAGGUGGAAAGGCAUGUGUCCCUUUUUAUCUUAACAGAAUAAUGAUCACUUUCACAUUAGUCCUAUUGAAGUUUUUGGCUACUAUACAGCAUAUAUUAAAAGGCAACCUAUGCCCAAAAAACUGUUUCAUUUAUUGUAGCAUUUGCAGCUGAUCUUGGGAUUGCAAAGGUAAGAACUAUUUUUUUUUUUUUUUCUUUUUUCUGGAAAGUUCCUGGAAAAUUUGACUUUUAUAGUCAAGAGAAACAUUUAGGAAUGUUUAGAUAUAUUAACUUAAAACAGCUGGUUAAAAAACGAGUCUAUUGGCUUUGUAUUUUAUGUAAGUGGCUGUUUUUCGCAGUUGGAAGAAUCACAGGAAGUGUCAUUUCUGUGUAUAAGGGAGGAUGCAAAUAGUGGAGAAAGACAAUCCGUAUAAUUUCAUGGGAAAGGUGAUAUCCUGAGAGUACAUAACAUUAGAAACAUCAAAGAGAGACCUCCAGACUCUGGAGGAGUGGAAAUAAUGAGGUUGUGAUCUUUUACUGAUAUCCUUAAGUAACAGCUAGUUUAAAAACAACAACAACAAAAGCAAGAAGAAAACCCAAAACUUGAAACAUAAGCCUCCAAAAUUCCAACUGGAAUUUCCCUUGAUCACAGUUUUACAAUGGAAUGGAUGAUUAAAGGCCUGUGCUUAAAGAAAUUUUUAGUAUUUUGCUUAAGCACUCCUCUGUCCUUUUGUUUUCUGCUGCCUCCAUGGCUAAUGAAGUUGUUUGCAAUUGCAUCCUUAAUCUACUCACCUUAUUCUGUGUUUGAGUCCUUGGUGUUAAGUAGACUUGUGCAUUAACAGGAUGCUAUCGGUUCUGUAAUACCUGUGAUGAAGGAUAGAGAACCUAUCUGGACUUGUGCAUGACCUCAUGUGCCAGCUUGACAAAGUAUCCUAGGUAAGCAAGGCACAUAGUCUAAUUUGACACACAGCACAGAUCCAUACAUUGCCUUAGUUGAAUGAAAGCCUGUGCCAAGCCUUGCUGGGUGGCAUUGUCUUAGCGACAAGUAGUCGUUGCAUGCUGGUGACAUAGAACUGUUCUUGAUUUAUUACACAAAUCACUAUGAGGAUGAUGGUAAAAGCCCCAUGUAUGGUUUCUACAGGUAUUAAAGAAGCUCUUCCUGGUUUUCUAGCUCACUAUGUGCUAGCCAGCUGAGUUGUCUCUUGCUACAGUUCUCUGUUGUCUCUGUGUAAUGUGAAGGUUCUAAGAGCUUCAAACACCAUGAGCAGUCCUGGCACAGGAUUAAACCGGACAUGGCAUUUAGAUUUUCCAGAGAUCUUUAUCUUCAUUGACUCUCUGGUUGUUGCAAGCAGUCUCUUGUUGCUUGUCGUAUUAACUCUUAUUGGUUCCAGUCAUAGCUGGUAGGGAGGAUGGGGCUGAGAAGUGAUGAAACUUUUCAUAACAGCAUGUAGGCGAGAAGCUCAUGCUGUUUGUACAGUCAGGGUUGGAAUAAAAUGUUACCAUUUG